CGAUCAGCAGGUUUACUCCUGAAACACCAUAAAUAUUAAUCUUUAUCUCUUUUUUAUCAUCUCUCUGUAGCGUCAGGGUUACAGCAGACCAACAGAGCACUGAGACACAGUGGGGAUCUUCAGAACUCCUGAACUCCAGUACUUCUGAGCUUUUGUGCUUCUGAGAGGAGAAGAUUAAAGACAGAAUGAUGUUUAGCUCAGUAUUGGCUUUAUUAAUACUUCUGAACCUGCAACCUCAGAUCAGGGCAGUGGAAGGCCUGGCUCUACGAGCUUAUGACUACACCAAGUACCACACCAUGGACGAGAUCUCAGGCUGGAUGCAGCAGAUGGAGAAAGAUUAUCCUGAGGUUGUAUCUAGUGUGAUAUACGGAACCACGUACGAGAAGAGGAACAUCACCCUGCUGAAGAUCGGGUUAAACAGCACAGAGCUGAAGAAGGGGAUCUGGAUGGAUUGUGGGAUUCAUGGUAAUGAAUGGAUUUCUCCUGCUUUCUGUCAGUAUUUCAUAAAACAGAUCCUGAGCUCUUACAAAACUGACCCAAAAAUGGGUGAGAUAUUUAAGAACCUGGAUUUCUACAUCACUCCAGUUUUGAACAGGGACGGGUACACAUACUCCUGGAAAGAUAACACGACUCGUCAGUGGAGGAAGAACAGGUCCCCAGGUACCGGCAACUGCACAUGCUACGGCACCGACAUCAACCGCAACUUUAACGUCAACUGGGGAACCGUGGGAGUGUCUAAACUGUGCUGCAUUGGGAUGUAUUGCGGUCCGUCCGUCCUCUCAGAGCUGGAGUCCAGAGCCGUCACUGAAUUUCUGGAGUCUAAUCGGAACAGAAUUCUGUUAUUUCUGACCGUCCACUCUUUCGGUCAGCUGAUUCUACUUCCCUACGGACACUCCAGUGUUUCAGUCCCCAACUAUGAAGAACUGAUGGAGGUGGGUCAGGCUGCAGCAAAGGCCAUCAAAUCCGUUCACGGAAUGGACUACACUGUGGGCGCAGCAUCGGAUGUGAUGUAUCAGACGUCGGGUUCUUCGCGGGAUUUCGCUCGUCUGAUCGGGAUCCCGUUCGUCUUCACCUUCGAGCUCAGAGACAAGGGCGAGUUCGGCUUCAAACUGCCUGAAGAUCAGAUCCAGCCCACCUGUGAGGAGGCUUACCAGGGGGCGCUGUCCAUCAUCACCACCGUCCACGACAAGACCUUCACCAGCGCCGCGUUCACCAUAACAGCCACACUGUGGACCACGCUGACCGCCGCCUGCCUCUCUACCGCCACCUGGGUGUAAUUGCAUGGGAAAUGACUGUUGCGCUGUAAAUUUACAGUGUUCCUUUGCUUUCUUUUUUUCUGUUUGUAAAAUAAAUAAUUUUGCUUGAA